GUGGCAUGAGGCAGUGGAAGCUGGCCUCCAUCUUCGUCGCCAUGCCUGCUGUUGUUCUCUGCAUGAUUAAUGUCUACCUCUCGCAUGAACAUCACGAGCGUCCCCCAUUCAUCCCCUAUGAACAUAUGCGAAUCAGAACCAAGAGAUUCCCAUGGGGUGAUGGGGUGAAGUCGCUGUUCCACAACCCUCACACCAAUGCGCUGCCUGAUGGAUACGAGGAUGUCGAUGAACACUAAAUAAGCCAUUUAUUUAUGUCACUUGAAUAAUCGUUUCCAUUUCUUAUUUUAUCAUGGAAGCUAAUGCCACGAUAGGUAUUAAAAUCAGUUUCAAGUUCCAUUUUCUUAUUAUAUUUUGGAAAAUGGCAGUGGUUUGUAGUGAUUGACUUUGGCAGGAUAGGACUAUUAUUGUAAAUAAAAAUAAGGAUUGAGUGGAAUAAAACUUCCUUAAAUGUGA